AUGAUUGGCCGAUCAGGAUUGUUUGCCGAUAUCAUGUGCCCUUAUGAUGAGGACUGCACACGACCCCACUGCCAUUUUUGGCACUCUAAAGACGACAUAUCACAGCAGCAACAACAACAACAGCCUUCUAUAUCAUUGAUGUCGACAGCUCAACUUGAGCAACCAUUUGUGGGUUAUGUUGGUUAUGUGGAGAAUCAGAAAACAACCACUUCUAGUCAGUCUAUUUACGCUCCUCUAGAUCCGGUUGCAUACCCACAGCAGCCAUCAACAUCAGGUGUACUGCAGUCCGAUAUUGCUUACAUCCCUACAAAAAUUACUCCACGGCCAAUGUGUAAACGAAUGCCUUCACCGGAAAUCAUUAAACCAAGAAUGCCAGUGGAAUUAUUAGUGGAUGAUAUACUGGAUCCCGCUAACGAUAAACCAGAAACUAUUGCUGUUUCAUCUGCUAAUAGUUCAAGUUCGAUUGAAAGUACUAAAGUCUCUGAAAUGAGUUUGAAUGAUUAUGCGAAAUCAGUAGCUGACAUUGAUACACGAAUCGAAGAAUUACAGCGAAAGAUCGAAAUCGAACGCCAACAAAAGGAAAAGAUAGUUCACGAUAUUAGAGCACUGGUUAAGCCACCAGCUGUAGGCUCAAACUCGAAAUCGAAACUAACUUAUACAGGUGGCUACACGCCGACACCAAUUGCUUUGUUGAAAUCGGUGGAAAAAGCGAAAAAUGAAGCUCGACAAAAGAAAAAAUCAAGAACUGAAGGGAAAUAUAAUGAAAAAGAGGAUGUAAUGGACUUGAAGAAUAAAGUAAAGGGAGCUAAAGUGAAAGACAAGGAUAAAGCGAAAAGCGUAAAAGUAAAAAAAGUUACGAAUGUAGAGACAAGUAAACCGCAUAUGGCAUUAAAGCGGCAACAAUCAUCUGAAAGAAAAUCGCAAUCAGUAGCAAAAAAGAGGCUUGAUGAACAGAUUUCUAUCGAAGAUCUUUUUGAAACCGAUGUACCAGCUACGAAAAAGCAAAAAAAUAUGGACAGUGAUCGGAAAUCAAAAACAGAAAACGUACCUGAAAUGGAAAAACAAAAAGAAGUGGAAAUCAAGAUAGAAGUGAAAAAGCGAAUAGCACAUAACAGUGUUCAGCCGAUUAGACAAAUGUGUGUAACAGCAACCAAAGUUCGUGCACCUACAAUGGCUCAGCAACUCAUGAAUCGCUACCAAAAGCUGCAGAAGGAAAAAGAAGAAUUGUUGAGGAACAUGAAACUCAAAGAAAAAAUAAAAGCAAAUAAAAUUACAACGACAGAGGAAAAGUAUGAUUAUAAAUCGGGCGCAGUAGCAGCAACGGUAAGCAAAGGCGAAAAACGAACAGCACACGUACCAAAAGUAUCGAAAUCUGCCAAAGUAAAUUUAAUACCGCUAGAUCCAUAUUCAUGUGGUAAAGUUCCUUACGUUUUGCGUACCCGUUAUUUGAAUUUGUUUUACAUUGAAUGCCAGAAAUUUUGCAGUUCAACAAAUGAUGCUGUAGCUCAGGCGCAACAAGAAGAAAAAAUGAUAAAAGAUCGAGCUGUAACAAAGGGCGGCUACACAAGUGCUGCAGUGAAUGUUCUACGACGUUUGCGAGAUAUUGUUUCAUCGCAAACUGCAGCAUUAAAGUCUGUGUCACAUUCGGCUAUCCUUGCUGGUCGUCAUCAUGGAUCCAUCACAGUUGGCCAGAGAAGGUGUUCAGUUUCUGGAAAACAAUCCAUCAGUGAAAGUGAAUUCUACGAAGUGCUGCUUUCGAAAUUUGUUUUAGACGAGGACAAAUUGGAAAAAAAUGGUUUCCCUUUAUGGGAAAGUCCGGAUAAAAAAAGAGUGAAGAUCAAAACAUCUGAAUUAGACACUAAGAAGAAAUUAUUUGUAGAGGAAAGUGAUCUCAAAAGAAUAUGUUGUCGUUGUGGCAUUGAAUUUGCUCUUACACCGAAAGGUGAAUAUGUUGCACUGAGGCAGUGUGUAUACCACUGGGGAAAGGCUUUUAAAACAAAAACUCGUGGACUAUGGGAAUCUCGCUACAAUUGUUGUCAGUCGGAUCUGAAUGUAGCUGGUUGUUGUGUAGCUGAUUGUCAUGUCACUGAUACUGCUCCAAAAUCAGUGUUGGAGACCUAUCGAGAGACACCACCACCAUCGGGACCAAAAGAUGAACGAAGCAAGAAAGUGUACGCAUUUGAUUGUGAAAUGGUGUAUACAUCCUGGGGUACUAGUUUAGCGCGAAUAUCAGUAGUCGAUGUAAAUGAUAAGCUAGUGAUGGAUGUUACUGUACGUCCACAAUAUCAAGUACGUGAUUGCAAUACACGAUUUAGCGGUUUGACGAUAGAUCAAAUUGAGGGAGCAGAAUUUGAUCUGGAACAGACCCAGGAACGAUUCUUCGAAUUGGUAAAUUCAGAAACGAUUCUGAUUGGACAUAGCCUUGAAAGUGAUUUGAAAGCAAUGCGUCUGGUUCAUCAUCGAGUAGUAGAUACAUCAGUUGUAUUCCCACACAGACUAGGACCACCCUACAAACGUGCUUUGAAAACGAUUGCUUCGGAAAUACUGCAACUUAUCAUUCAGGAAGACAUUGAUGGACAUGACUCUAAAGAGGAUGCAAGCACUUGCAUGCGGUUGAUGUUACACAAAGUUGUGCAUAAUUAG